ACUUUGGGAGUUACAUGCAUGAACUAUAAUAGUCUUUGGGAGAACUAUAGUCUUUGGGAGUUACGUGCAUGAGCUGUUGUAGUCUUUGGAAGUUACAUGCAUGAACUAUAGUGUUUGAGAGUUAGGUGUAUGAACUAGAGUGUUUUGAAGUUACAUGCAUGAACUGUAGUGUUUGGAAGAUAUAAGGAUGAUCUUAGUCUUGGAUAUCACAUGCAAGAAGUAUAGUCUUUGGGAGUUAGGUGCAUGAACUGUAGUGUUUGGAAGUUAAAUGCAUUAAGUAUUAAAGUUUUAAGGAUAUAGAUGCAUGAACUAUUGUCUUUGGAAGAUACAUGCAUGAACUAUAGUAUUUGGGAGUUAGGUGUGUGAAGUAUAGUGUUGGGAAGUUAUAUGCAUGAGCUAUAGUCUUUGGAAGAAGUAUAGUCUUUGGGAGUUAGGUAUAUGAACUAUAGUGUUUGGAAUAUAGCGUUUGUCAAAUUGAGCAAAGGAUUAAAUGUGAUAAAAAUUCAAUUUCAAGAAGUACAGAAGGAGUUGUAGAUUUUCCGUGAAGGAAUGUCAGUUGAACGAAGGUUUGUACGUAUUGUUUACAUUAAAUGCUGCGACGGUGAUGGAAGUUUUGAUGCUCCCGUAGACAUAGAUAACACUCUGAAUCACGCCGGAAAACUUCAAUUCAAUGCCAUGGUAAUGCAGACAUUUAUCGCGGAGGAAAUAAAGAAACACUGCUUUGGGCCACAAACAUUUCAGGUAGAGGAAACAGACAAUGGUGAUGUGAAGGUAAAUGUGUUUACAAGCAAACUUACAAAAGAGGCGCAUGCAAUGAAUGGUGACCAACUGUACAAAGCGUUUUUGAAACGUAUUGCUUUCUCCUCCUCCUUAAAUGAUAAAAAUUGUAAGUUCCUUGCCUUCAUGUCAUGCACUCAUUAUGAUCCACCUCAAACUCUUCUACGACCACAAGAUGUCCACCUUUAUGUAAAGGGUCACACUGCACUUGGGGGAGGCCAGUUGGGACUGUUUGGUACUGGUGGACUUCACACUUGGGCUAGUAGUGUGGAAAUGCUUAUAAGUUUUACAAACACAAAAAUCAUUGAUAAAACAAAGCUGUUUGAUGACAGUAACCGAAGAUUCUCAGAUCUUCCCCCAAAUUUGCAAAGUUUUUAG